AUGUCUUUCUGCAAAGACCUGUCUUGCCGACCCAGCUCGUGUUAUCCUGACAUAUGCCCAGAUCCAUGUGUUGUUGCCCGCAAUGAGCCUUGUAUCACCUCGUGUGCAGAUUCAACAGCAGUGGUCUAUCCACCACCGGUUUCCGUGCUAUUCCCAGGACCAAUUCUCUCUACUUCCCCUCAACACAGCCUAGUGGGAACCACCUUACCAACUGUACCCUAUGGAGCUGGGGGCUCAUUUGGGGGUGGUGUUUUGGGUGGCUCAAUUGGUUAUGGGGGUGGAUAUGGGGGUGCUUUAGGGGGUGGUUAUGGGGGCGUAAGUGGUUAUGGAGGCUCAUAUGGUUAUGGGGGCUUAAGCGGUUAUGGAGGCUCAUAUGGUUAUGGAGGCUUAUGUGGUUAUGGUGGUGGAUACGGGGGUGGCUAUGGUGGUGGAUACGGGGGUGGCUAUGGUGGCUUAUGUGGGUAUGGGAGGAGAUAUGGUAGGAAGUGCUAUUCUUCCCGCCGUGGAAGCUGUGGCCCAUGUUAA